UGUUCGUGUUUUUAUGCACUUUUAGAUCUCCUUAUCUGUCUUUUUUAAAUUUUAAAUUUCCUUUUGAUCUUCUUUUUGCAUUGUACCCGUAGAUCUCCUUAUCUUUUUUUUUUUUUCUAAAUUUAAAUUCCCUUUUGAUCUUCUUUUUGCACCAUACCCGCAGGGAACAAUAGAUCUCUCCAACUAGCGUCUCAGCAAGGAUGGCCAUCUGUUGUGAGUACCUUGAACUUUUGCAUCAAUAGAAAUGUAUAGUCCAUUAUGUCUACUUCAUUCCUUUCAUAUUCAACCCAGGGAGUAGGCUCAAUUUCCCCUGCCAUUAGCCAUCAAGUUGGACAUCCCAGUGUAAUGGUGCCAACUCAAAAGGAACAGUUUCUGAGAACUACAUGUAGCAGAAAGAAAAAAAGGCAAAAAAAUUCAAAGUAUUUGCAUAGGCGAGCAAUCAAAUGAUUGAGGGACAAAAUAUAGGCUAUCCUACUAUAGCUUGAAUUGGUUCCUGUUGAUCUGUGUCUAUUAAUAAUAACCAUGACGGUACAUAUCUCACCAUUUUGUCAUAAUCCAGCCAAGCAACCUUUUCCGAAACCUUGUCGAGCAUGCUGGGCAGGUGAUGUUAAUAGAUUUUCAUCCAACAAAGAUGGCUCUCCUCAGUUCUUGUGAUAGCAAUGAUGAGAUUAGAUUGUGGGAUGUCAAUAGGGGUGAUUGCAAACUCAUUCUUAAGGUUGGUGUCUCUAUUUCCAUCCUUUCUCUUUUUAGAUGUUGAUAAAGAGGUAUCUCUAUUUGACAUACGAAGGCUCCAUAAUUUGAUAAUUAGCUGGCUUUUUUGUUUCCAUUUCAAUUUGGAGAUUAGUUAAAAACUCAGACCUAGACAAACGAUUAAUUCAUCUUCUUCUUACUCUACUUCCUUCUUAGAAUUGGCUUUCAUUCUAACUUUCCUUCUGACCUGCAAUAAGUAUUGACACCUCUUUAUUUCGGGACCACCAUUUCUCUUCUUCUCUUCUCUAUCUAAAUCAAUUUUUUUACUCUUUUUCCCAACAACUCAAUUCGCCCAUUCUCUUCAACUCUCUCUCUCUCUGCAUUCUUCUGUCUGUAAUCCAAGUGGGAUUGGUUCUUGAGCCUCUUUCUUAAUCUUUCCCCAUUGUUCUUGCUCAAACCUUCUAUCUCUUCUCUUUUUGUGGUUAAGAAAUGCUUUGUUUUUUGUGGUCAUGGCUAGUUUGGAGGUUCGACACUCUUGUUUGUGUUUUUCAGACUUGAACUUGUCAUUCUUGAAUACAUGGCUUAGAGAGGUUUCCAUCAGGCGGGUGAGGUGUUCGCUCUUGAUAUUAUUGCUAAUCCAAAUCUUGUUGGUCGCGCAGACAAUGGAGAACAUUGUGCCUAAUAUCAAUCCUGAAAAGUCAACUUAUGCUCCUAAUCAUACAGGAGCAAACAUCUCUAGUGUGAUGGCUCCAGAUGGGAAUACAGGUUCGUUGCUUGGACAACGGCCGUCUGCACCUGCUGUUACAGCGUCUGCACCUGGCAUAAACUUGGGAGGACCUACGCUAACGGAACCAAAUAUUCAUGCCCCUGCAAAUGCUUUGCCUGCUUCACCAGAACUUGGCGGUCUGCACCUUUUGAUACCUAAACUGAUGGGUGAGAGUGAUGCAGUUACCAAGUGAAAGUCUGACGACUUGUAUCUUCUUUGUUUGGGGCUUAUGAUAUUGUGAAGUGUGCUCUCUUUUCUGAGCUCAUAUCUAGGAUGCCCCAAAGCAACUUGUUGUAACUAGGGGUUAUGGAUUUGACCAAAAAGCAUAGUUUUGCCGUUUUGAUGUAUGGUGCUUUAGUCUGAGUGUAGGAGUUAUGAGCGGAAUAUAGAUACUCUGAAGACUCAUUUUUUGCCCUAAGUUCAGAUGAACAUGUUAAAAGAUAGAAAGAAAAAAAGCUUUUGGCUUUAGUCUGAGUGUAGGAGAUUUCUUUGUGGGCAAAUAGAACCAAAUCUUUGUUUUGCCUCCUUGGCCAGAACCUUUUGAUGCGGGUUUGUUUGUACCUUGGGCUUGGCUUCAAAUAUUUCACAUGUAGUUUAUAGAAUCUUUUGUCUUUGGCAUUGA